CGUAUCGUUACUGACGCGGCGUCGAGGUACGCAACGCGGAAACAUUAUCGUCAAUUUGCAUGUUCGCUAGUCACUAUUCGUGUUUUCUUCUAGAAGUUUUUUUUUUUAUUUUAAUUUUUGGCCAAUUCGUCGAAGCGUUGGGACCAGUAUUGCUCGAGGAAGAGAUUUAAUUUUGAUUAAAUCAAUUUUUUCUCGCUAUCUGUAGAAUUAUUUACAGUUAAGCGACCAGACGGUGCGCUGCCCCGAAUCGGCGCCGAGACACGAAGAGCAGAGAAUCAUUCGGGAUCGACUGGGAUCGUUCAGAUGUCAACGCACAACGAUGACUUCGAGAGACCGUUCGAGGAUUUCGAGCCGCUGCAGUGGGGCGCGUUGCGGGAGAUGUGCCGCGCCAGUGUGGAGUACUUCGCGCCCCAGCAGGACGAGAACAGCGUCCGGAUCAAGGCCGCGCUCCUGGCGAUCCUGGACCACCUGGACCAGCUGCAGCCGCUGUACCGGGAGAUAGCCAAGAUCGCGCCGCACUUCGACUUCGACGAGGAGACGCCGGGAAACGGGUACCGAAGUUUCCUCCUGUUGGUCGACAAGUGCGUCAUGCAUUCCGGCCAGAUCUGCCGGAAGAUGUACUAUCAGAAGGACUCUAUGCUCUUCCGGAAGAGUUAUUACAUGAAGGAGGUGGAAGCGUGCUCCCAGCUGUUGGCCUCGCUGUAUACAUGUUUACAACAUUUGAAAACAUUGUACACAUGGAGUAUAGAAGUGAUGAGCGAUGGGAAACCGUCAUUGUUCGCGUUGGGAGAUCACACUGCUGAAGAGCUCCUCAGCCAGGCGGAAGACAUUAAUCAGUACUGCUUUUACGGCAGGUGCUUAGGAUUUCAGUUUUGUGAUAGCUUGAAGCAUGUAUUGAAGACCUUGUCAUUCUGUAUGGCAUCCUUUAGUGAAAUGUAUUAUAAUAACGGUACACUAUUAGGACGUUGUGCCAAUUCCGUUAAAUAUUUAUUGGACCCUGAAGCAAGAGCACGUCGCAUCGUUAACGUAUCUCAACAUGCUGAUAUCUCUUUCUGCCAAGCAUUUUGGUUCCUGAAUGAAUCUGAAAUAAUGACUAUAAUGAGCCCCUCAUUAGCCAUUACUCAAGUAAUAUCUAUUCCACCCGAGGAAUUGAUCCUACCUACUCUCGACGGCGGCACUAUUCCGAUUCCAAUACCAAAUAGUCACAUUGGGAAGAAGCCGAUCCACGUUAGAUUGUUGAGUUCCAAACGGCGCAUAGGACUGGUCGGAUCCGGCGGUAUCGGAGGGGAAUUGCUCGGCCUGUGCGACGAACUGAUCAUUCACAUCCACGGAGGUGGAUUCGUGUCGCAGACGUCGCGGUCGCACGAAAUGUACCUGCGUAGCUGGUCCACGACACUCGGCGUGCCGAUCUUAAGCAUAGACUACAGCCUGGCCCCGGAAGCUCCCUAUCCUCGCGCGCUCGAAGAAGUGCUGUACGCUUACGCGUGGGCAUUGAAGCAUGCUAGUACGUUACUCGGAAGUACGGCGAAGAAAGUGAUACUCGUCGGUGACUCUGCGGGAGCAAAUUUAUGCUUGGGCGCCACUCUGAAAUGCCUGCAGUUAAACAUAAAAAAACCAGACGGUCUCUUUAUAGCGUACGCACCAGUGCUCGUAGAGUUUGUCCCGUCGCCCUCUCGACUGCUCUGCCUCACGGAUCCGUUAUUGCCGUUUGGCUUUAUGAUCCGAUGCUUGAAGGCCUAUGCAGCGUGCGACAACAAAAAACCCACAAAGGAGCAGGAGAAUGGAGAAUGCGCGAAAUCGGAUACAGAAUCCUUUGCGGAAGUGAGCGAAAGUGAUCUCAUAGCGUUAGCUCUGAGCCCGAACGGUGACGAUGCGAACGGCGCGCAGAAAUUAGUAUCCCUACCGUCCGAUUCGACGUUGAAUUCUGUCAGUCUGACGGAAGUCGAUGGUGCUGAGUGCCCGAAAACGCAGGCGAAGUCUCAAGAAUAUAUCAACAGGUUUUUAAAUAUGUACAGAAGUUCCGGCCUCGCUUCGUCAUCGUCGCCUGCAACAAAAAACGGCGGCGUCAGCAGAGAUGGUAACGUCUCGGGACAAAGUAACAAAUCGUGGUCUCUGUUCGGAUGGUCUUUGGGCAGAAAUAGCAAUAAGGAGAUCAGAGAACUCGAUACGGAGAACGUCCGAAGUCCUACCGAAGAAUUUAUCUUUACGGUACCAAGGGAUCCCUUCUUGAGCCCUUAUCUCGCGCCAGAUAACAUGCUAGCUCGCAUGCCACCUAUAAAGAUGCUGACGGUGCAUCUUGACCCUUGUCUUGAUGAUUGCGUCAUGUUUGCGAGGAAGCUUCGCUCGCUUGGCAAUAAAGUUACGCUGGAUAUAUUAUCAAAUUUGCCGCACGGAUUCCUCAAUCUUUUAGUGGUUUCGAAAGAGGCGGCGGAAGGUGCGGAAAUCUGUGCCAGAAAAUUGAAAGAGUUGCUGGAGCUGUAACUAUGUAAUAUUGAAAACUUAUUACUGUUAUCAAAAAUAUAUAUAUGUUAAUUUAGAGUAAACGGGAAACGUACUUCAAUGUCGCAAAACGCCUAUUUAUACAGCGAAUGUAAUUGUGUCUAGAUGCGACCAAGCAUCCAUCAUUUUUUUUCAGCGGCUUAACUAUUUGUAACGUUUCACGGUGUAGGCGUAUAAUGAGCAAUGCUGUAUGCUAAUUUUCUACUAUAUUAACCAUUGUUGUUAUUGCAUAUUAAUGUGAUUGAGAUAACUAAUAUCUUGAUUGCAUCUGUAAUAACAAUCCAACAUAUCGAUGUGUCGCAUUGCAACAUUAUUCAAAACAAUUAAAAUACGGGGAUGUAUUCCGAGUCCAUUAAAUGUUCUGGUCACAGCGAUAUUAGCGAAUAAGGAUACAAAUAUCCUGCACGCAGUACUAUAGAUAUUUAGUAUUAUAUUUUGAUUUCUUUUUACACACAUGUAUUUCUACACGUAUGUAUAUCUUGUAUAUCCACAUGAGCUAUAUAUUAUAUUAGAUAAUAAAUUAUGUAAAGAUUGCACGUUUUUUUCGUGCAUUAAUUCUGCAAUACUCAUUUUACAUGACAAUUUUGAAUAUGUAAAGCAAUUAUAAAGUGCAAUAUUUGUUAUUUCUUA